GGGUCUCUAAACAGAAACGUCGUGUGAACGGCGCGGUUACAUAGAAAGUUUACGAGAAUACUUGGUCAUAGGAGUAAUUUACGCGUGUAAACUUUGGUAGUUUGUGUCGGAUUAUUACAGGAUUGUCUAAUCCUUUUGGAUUACAAACAACUUUGACAGGAUUUGAGGAUGUCUCUGCCUAAGCGGGAGGUGGAGGAGUUGAGACCCUGGGUGGAGCGGACUGUGAAGAAGGUGUUGGGUUUCUCUGAGCCCACUGUGGUCACUGCAACUUUACACUGCGUGGGAAAGGGGCUGGAUAAAAGGAAGACCACAGACCAGUUGCGUCCUUUCCUCGAUGAUUCCGCAGUAGGUUUUGUGGAGCGGCUUUUUGAGGCUCUGGAGGAGAGCCGCAAUUCCCGUGGUAACAAAGGAGCAGGCGAAAAGAACCGCAAGAAAGAACUAAAGGAUGUCUUUGGAGAGGAGGUCGACUCAAGUGCCCUGAAAGAAACUCCCAAGGCGGUAGAUGGGACAGCUGUAAAGCGAAAGCGAGUCCCUCGUUUUGAGGAGGUUGAGGAGCCUGAGGUCAUACCUGGAAUUCCAUCUGACAGCCCAGGCAUGCUCACCAAAAUGCAGAUCAAACAGAUGAUGGAAGCAGCCACAAAACAGAUUGAAGAAAGAAAGAAACAGCUGAGCUUUACACCUUCAUCCACCACUGCAACAGUGGAUGCUGCGACAGUCACUCGGCUCACUAGUGGUGGAGCCUCAUCUAUCGCCCCCUCCCAGGCUGCCAGCUUUAUGAACGAUGCCAUCGAGAAGGCCCGCAAGGCAGCUGAGCUACAGGCCCGCAUCCAGUCCCAGUUAGCUAUGAAGCCAGGAAUCCUUGGGACUUUGGGGAACACUGGGCCUCAAAACUUUGUUGCACUCGCUAAUCUACACGCAAUGGGAAUUGCUCCUCUGAAAGUAGAAAUUAAGGAGGUGAACAAGCCGACGCCUCUUAUUUUGGAUGAGAAGGGCAGAACCGUUGAUGCUACCGGCAAAGAGAUUGAACUCACGCAUCGUAUGCCAACGCUCAAAGCUAACAUACGAGCUGUAAAGAGGGAGCAGUUCCGUCAGCAGCUGAAGGAGAAGCCCGGGGAGGAAAUAGAGUCCACGUCCUACUUUGACCUGCGGGUACCUAUGGCACCAGCUCAGCGUUCUCGCAAAAGUUUCAAAUUCCACGAUCCAGGACGUUUUGAGAAGAUCGCUCAAAGAGUUAGAACAAAGGCCCAGCUGGAAAGGCUGCAGAAUGAGAUCGCCCAGGCUGCGAAGAAAACAGGAAUCCAGGCUUCUACCAAACUGGCACUGAUUGCUCCCAAAAAAGAGAUUGAAGAAGGAGAUGUGCCCAGUAUCGAGUGGUGGGACUCUUUCAUCUUGCCCUAUAAUAUAGCAGUAAAUCCAGAAACAAAAUUUGAAGAGUUUGAAUUGUUUGGCGUAACCAACCUUGUGGAACAUCCGGCCCAAAUGAGUCCUCCAGUGGACAGUGAUAAGCCGGUAACGCUGGGUGUGUACUUAACAAAAAAAGAACAGAAGAAACUAAGAAGACAAACGCGGAGAGAGGGGCAAAAAGAAGUGCAGGAGAAGGUCCGUUUGGGACUGAUGCCUCCACCAGAACCCAAAGUACGUAUCUCCAACCUCAUGAGAGUCUUGGGGACAGAGGCGGUCCAGGACCCCACGAAAGUCGAGAACUUUGUGAGAGAUCGGAUGUUCAAAAGACAAAAAAUCCAUGAGGAGGCCAACGCAGCUCGGAAGCUCACAGCAGAGCAGAGGAAAGAGAAGAAGGUCAAGAAGUUAAAAGAAGACCUGACUAAUGGUGUUCACAUCGCAGUUUACAGGAUCCGGUAUUUGCAAAAUCCUGCCAAGAAGUUUAAAGUUGAAGCCAAUGCAAACCAGCUGUACCUAACGGGAACAGUUGUUCUGCACAAAGACGUCAAUCUUGUUGUGGUGGAAGGGGGCCCUAAAUCCCAGAAAAAGUUUAAGAAGCUGAUGAUGCACAGAGUCAAGUGGCAGGAACACAAUUCUAAAAGAGAUGAUCCAGAUGGUGACGACGAUGCAAAGAGGAACAACAAGUGUUGGUUGAUUUGGGAGGGAACGGCAAAGGAGCGUAGUUUUGGAGAGAUGAAGUUCAAGCAGUGCCCCACUGAGAGCAUGGCCCGAGAACACUUCAAGAAGCACAGCACGGAGCACUACUGGGACCUGGCGCUCAGCCACAGUGUGUUGGAUGGCACAGACGACUGAAACCUUCCAGUAGAGCGCCUCGUUCCUGUUGGACUUUUCUCAUAAUCAAGCUUGCAGAUCCACAGCAAACCGUCCCUUCUCACCGACUACUGAAAGGGGUUAAUUAAGAGACCUGAACGUAGUAAAAUGGAUGAACAGUCAAUGUUUUGUGAGCAUGAGACGGGGCGUGUGGAGCGAAGCAUGUAGGUCUGCAUCAGUGUUGAUUUCCUUGGCGAUAUAUAGGCUUUUCUGUCAUAUUUUUUGUCGACAGAUAGCGUGAUGUAAAAACUUCUCUCAAGACUACGUGAGAACAAGGAAUUACUGCUGAUAUAUCAUUUUGUGACCUGGAUUCAUCAUUAUUUCUUUUUUGAGUUGAACAAUUUAAAAAGCACCCCAUCAACAGUUUGCACAGCUUAUGUGCUAAAAUGAAAACCUGGAGGCGUAGGCACCUUUCAGGUUUCUACAUGCAUUUUUCUUUUGGAGAAGAGUCUUUGACUCCGCUGUUUCUGUAACAGUAGUCACUGUCUGAA